AUGUGCCCGAGGCACUACCUCACAGAUGAGGACUCAGGACUGAAGGCGUUCGUGGAGGUAGGAGAAGGCAAAGUAGUGCUGAAUGUCCGUGGAGCUAGAGCCAGGACCGACUACCUGAAGGCGGUGCAAAAGUUCGUAAACAAGGAGAUGAGUGCUGACAAGGAAAAGAAGGGCCAGCCGGCACCGGGAGAGGACGUCGGCAUGCCAGUGGCCGCGGUCGAGAAGGUAGUGCAGAGUGAGGGUCCAGACGGCGCGAAUGUGUUGGUCGCAUACAGAGACGCACAGGAGUACCCGAAGGUGGCGCGCGUCAAGUACGAGGCGCGUUUCGAGGCAAGCGGCAAGCUGUACAGAGCGAGGUUGAGACAUCUCGAGCCGGAGUUGCGGGCCGAGUUGGAGAAGCAAGUGGUGAAGCAGCUGAAGCUCGGAGUCAUCCGUCCUUCGAAAAGCGAGUGGGCCGCCGCGACGCACUUCUGA